UUAUUUUUUUUAAUUGCUUUAAUAGUAAUUAAUUCUAAAAUAUAAACAAAAAAUAUACAAUAUAGCAUUAUUUAUAUAAGUUAAAUUAAAAUGAAUAUGAGUGAUACAUUUAAUGAUAGCUAUCACAAUGAUAAAGUACAAAAUAGUUAAAAUAGACCUCCAUCAUAAAAAAAUGUGUAAUAAAAAGAGGAUUUGUAAACAAAAAAUACACCAAAUCAAAGAUAUGAUCAGUAGCAUCAUUAAGAACAGUAAAAUACCCAUUAAGUCAGCCCUAAAUAUGAUUAAAAGACAAACCACAUUGAUUAUAAAUAAAAUAAUUAAAAUGAAAAUUAAUAAAGAUAUUAGACUGAUAGUUUUGUUGAUUAAACACCCUUUAGCUAAAAUUACGAAUAAUUAGAUAAAUCUUCUUAGAUAAAUGAGUAAUCAGAAAUGGUUCAUGCUGAUAAAAAUAACAAUACUAACAACAACAACAUUUUAGAUGAUUUGAAUACAAAUAGAAAUAAUUAAAAAAAUGAAAAAGUUGAAAACAAUAAUUUUAGUUAAAUAUAACAAGAAAGAAACCGCUCUAAAGGAGAUAACAAUUCUAAACCUGUAUCUAAUAACUCGUUUGAUUAAAGGUAGGUUUAGAUAGAACAGUAAAUCAAAUAAAAUUAAAAUUUGAGGGAGUAGUUAAAGGAAAUGGCAACUAUGCUUGACCAAAUUAUAGAAAAAGAAAAAGAAUAAAGACAAUAGAAAUACAAUUAAAACAAUAAAAAUAUUGAAAAUGAAUAGAUAAAAUAAAAGAAAAAGGAAUUAUAAAAGCAGCAAGAAAUUAUCUCUUAAAAUAGAAUAAUUAUUUAGCAAAAGAAGCGUCAAUUAGAUUUUAAUUUUGAUAUGAAUAGGAUUACAGAAAAAGAAAAUGAGGUUAAAAGACUUAAAAAAUAAUUGGAAGAAAUUCUUUCAGAAAAAUAGGGAUUAAAAAGAAUACAAGAAGAACAGAAAAAGGCAAAAAUGGAAUUUGAAAGAUAAGAGUAUAAAGAUUAGCUAGAGGUAGUUAGAAAAUAGUUUUAUAAUGUAAGAGAGGAGAAUCAAAGACUGCAGGAAGAACUGCAGUAAAAAGAUAGAGAAUUGAAAAAAUAUAUUGAUGAAUUAAAGUUAAGAACUGAAAAAAUAAGAACAGUAAAUAUGAAAAUCAAAGAGUAAUAGAGAAAGAAACCUAAUUAAAGUGAAAAGGAACCUGAUCCUGAUGAAGAUAUUUCAGAGGAGGGUUUAUAAAUUUUAGAAGAAAGAGUUAGAGAUUUGGAAAAGGAAAAAAAAGAUUUAGAAAUACUUUUUGUAGAGAAAAUGAAAGCUUUAGAAAGAGAAAGGAAAUAGCAACAAAACUAAGCAGAUAAAAAGUUAUUAAUCCUAAAAGAAAGAGAAAAAAAUUUAAAAGUUACUACAAUGAAGAUAAAAGAAAUAUCUAAAUUUAUCAAGGCUACCGCUCUUGAAAAUGAGAAGAGAUCUUAAAUGUAAAAUUAGCAGCUGAGCUAGUUAGAACAAGAUAAUUUAAAUAUGAAUGCCAGGCAUAGACCGAGUGUAGGAUCACAAAAUAAACUCCCCUAAAACUGA